UAAGGGAAGAAGAAGGAGAGCAUCAGCAGAGGAAGAGUGAGACAAGCAUGGCUGGAAAUCUGGGCAGCACCGUGGCUCCGGUGUCCAGCUCUCUGUCCAGACUCCAGGCUCUGAAUGGACUGUUCGCGGUUUACAAGAAACAAGGACCGACCUCCGCAGACGUGUUGAACGCUCUGAAAGAAGCUCUGCUGAAGGAAGCGGGAGUCCAGAACCCGAACCCGAGGAAGAGGAGGAAGCAGAGCCUGAAGAUGGGUCACGGAGGGACUCUGGACAGCGCAGCCAGCGGAGUGUUGGUUGUUGGUGUUGGGAAUGGCACAAAAAUGCUCAGUACAAUGUUGACUGGUUCAAAGAAAUAUGUAGCUGUAGGGGAGCUGGGGAAAGCCACAGACACUCUUGAUGCCACCGGCAGUGUGAUUCUUGAAAAAGACUUCGAGCACAUUACCAGGCCGGAUGUUGAGGCAAAACUGAAAGCUUUCACUGGUGAUAUCAUGCAGGUGCCUCCACUCUACUCAGCGCUGAAAAAGGACGGCCAGCGUCUGUCUGUCCUACUGAAGAAAGGUCACAAGGUUGAGGCCAAACCAGCCAGGCCAGUCACCGUGUACAACCUCACCCUGCUGGAGUUCAAGCCUCCUCUCUUCACUCUGGAUAUUGAGUGUGGUGGUGGAUUCUACGUCAGAAGCUUGGUGGAUGACCUGGGAAAAGCUCUGUCAUCGUGUGCUCAUGUGAAGGAGCUGACCAGGACCAAGCAGGGUCAGUUCACCCUGCAGGAACACGCUUUACAUGAGGAGCAGUGGACACUGGAACACAUCCUGCAGUCGCUGCAGUGCUGCUCAGAGGGAGAGCUGGAGCCAGAACCACCAGAGGCUGAAACCUGAGGAGCACCAGGACCCAGGGUCCAACAGAAGAGCCGGGAUCCACGUUUGCCGGAUAGUUAGCAUGACUCACCUGCUCCGCUUUUCUCAUUCUUAAGGUGUGUUUGUUAGCAGGUCAAGUGUGACAAAUUCAGACAGAUGUCAAAAACGCAGAUGUUCUGGAGCUCGGUGGAGCAGCGCAAUGACUGGACUGAUUCUGCUCCGCAUUCUUGUGGCUUCUGCCUCGUCUGCGGUUUUGUAAAUGGUUAUGUAUUUGGAAAUUGCAGCCCCCACUCCACCCCAGCUAGCUGCUUAUUAGAAAUCCUGGGUAAAGAAACAAUAUUCAGGAUAUUUAUCACAGGUUCAAAGCAAAAAGGUAUGCUUUGUUAGGGAAAACCACAAAGGUUAAAUUUAAAGCAUUUCACACUGCAGCAAUCAUUUUGGAUUUGUGUUGACAAGAUUUCAAAUGUUAAUUGAUUAUGAAAAAGAAGUAUUGUGAUUGGCAGCUUUAUAGUCUUAGUUGGGACAUUAUCUUUAUUGAAGGGGUCUUUGCUUAAAACACUAGCAGUGAUAGCUUCUGUAACCAAAGCAGAUAAAUGUAUCAGUCAAAGCACCUGCAGAUGUUGUACCUAUAAACCCCUCCUUGGAAAAGUUCCCCUUUUGUUGCUUUUCUACAUUGAAUAAUGGUCAAUGUAAUGUGGCUUUUUUUUAACAGGAAGUUACAAAGCAAGACUUUCGAUGAUUCAGUGUAGAAGAGCAAUAAAAGGGGAAAGCUUUCAAAGUGGGGAGUGGGCAUUUCCAUAGUAUAUCUGUGGAAAUGCAGCACUGUUUUCUCUAAAUAUUGACUCCAACAAGAUAUGCUGACAUGUGAAUGAAAGUGAUGUGUACAUUUUCAGUGCAGAGCUGUUUUUUUUUUUUAAAGACUGGUGUGAUAUCUGGAAGCAGUGUUGUAUACACAGCACAUCUCUUUAAUUUGUGCAUUAUUUCCUAAUGAAAUCAAUAUGGGGUGAAAAAGAUGAAAAAUAACAUUUAUUUUUCGUGAUUUAAGAGUGGCUGCCACAGGUCUGAAAAAGUCAUUAAAAGAUUUGUGUUCCUUUAAAGACAGUAAACAUUUAUUUCUAAAUGUC